AUGAUAGGUUGCUCGCUAGACCCCCCAGUUCCUUCUAUGACCCUGUUUACAGAUGCUUCUCUGACAGGCUGGGGAGCUACCCUGGAAGGCAGAGAGGCAUCAGGUAUAUGGUCCGGUCUCCAGUUGACAGAACACAUCAAUUUACUGGAGAUGCGGGCUGUUCUUCUGGCAUUGAAACACUUUUCCCAAUUUGUUCAGGGUCAAUCUCUGAUGAUAGCCACAGACAAUACAACAGUAGUGGCUUAUCUGCAGAAUCAGGGAGGCACACAUUCUCAGUCUCUUUACCUUCUGUGCAAAGAAAUUCUGUUGUUUUGCCGUUCCCUGGGAAUUCGCUUGUCAGUCAGGCAUGUUCCUGGCAAUCUGAAUCUAGUAACGGAUGCUCUCUCAAGGUCACUGCAUCCAGUGAAUACAGAAUGGGAGUUACAUCCAGCAGUCUUUCAGGAGAUCUGUCUCAAGUGGGAUCGUCCUCAUAUAGACCUCUUUGCUACGCAUCUGAAUUGCAAACUGCCAACGUUUGUCUCUCCGAUUCCAGACAACAAAGCUUUAGCAGUGGAUGCAAUGUCUUUCGAUUGGAAGGGGAUGUUUUCUUACAUGUUUCCUCCUUUUCGCCUCCUUCCCAAGAUUCUACACAAAAUCAGGGUAGAAAUUUGCAAGACCAUUCUUAUUGCUCCAGCAUGGCCAAAACAAUCGUGGUUUCCAGAUCUUCUUCAACUGUGUUGUGCGAGACCAAUUCUUCUUCCUCUCAGGAAAGAUCUUUUGUCUCAAUUCAAAGGCAGGAAAGUUCAUCAAAAUCUUUCCAGCCUCCAUCUACACGCAUGGUUACUGUCAGGGAAUCUCUCAGACAGGAUGGCUUUUCUGACAGAGCAGCCAAACGUAUCUCUAGUUCGGUCAGAAAAUCUACAGGAGCAAUUUAUGCUCUAA